GGCUGUUUGCAGAGAGCAGUUAUAAAGAGGCUGACAGAGCACAGAGUGGAGGAGAAUUACAAGGUGCAGGAAAACAGCAGCACUGCUUGGCUCUCCACGACCUGCUCUGCACCAUGGGGAAGGACAAGCUGCCCAGCAAACCAAACAUCUUCCUCCUUCUUCUCUUCUUCCUUCCUGGAAAUACUCCUCUCAACACAGAACCGCAGUACAUGGUGCUGGUGCCCUUUCUGAUACACACGAAUUCUCAUGAGAAAAUCUGCAUUCAGCUGACCCACCUGAACGAGUCUGUGACUCUCAGUGCCACACUAGAACAUCUAGGGGAGAACAGGAGCUUGAUUGAUGAUGUGGUGUCAGAGAAAGACAUGUUCACCUGCAUCCCUUUCUCUCUUCCAAAAUCCAAUAGCACAGCAGUGGCAUUUCUCACUGUGACGGUGACAGGGGAUACACUGCAGUUCAAGAGCCGCAAGUCAGUGCUGGUCAAGAAUUCUGAGAGCUUGGUCUUCGUCCAGACAGACAAACCCAUCUACAAGCCCGGACAGACAGUUCAGUUUCGGAUCGUCUCUCUGGACACCAACUUCUACCCGCUGAAUGAGAAGUUUCCCUUUGUCUACAUUCAGGAUCCCCAGAGGAACCGUGUGUACCAGUGGCAAGGAGUGGAACUGGAAACAGGCUUUACACAGCUCUCCUUCCCCCUCACCUCGGACCCCAUCCAAGGCUCCUACAAAAUAGUUGUGCAGAAGAGCUUCUCAUCCCAUGUGGAGCACUCCUUCAGUGUGGAGGAAUUUGUGCUGUCCAGGUUCGAGGUCCUGGUGAAGGUGCCAAAGAUGAUCACUAUUAAGGACAACGAGCUUCCAGUGUCUGUCUGUGGUCUGUACACCUAUGGGAAGCCUGUUCCUGGUUUGGUGAAUGUCCAAGUAUGCCGGAAAUAUUCCCAGGCUGCUUCAAGUUGUUAUGGAAAAGAAACAGAAUCUGUGUGUGAAGAAUUCACUAGGCAGGCAGAUGCUCAUGGGUGUAUUUCUGUUGUGGUGAGGACCAAGGUGUUUCAGCUCCUACGCAAGGAAUAUGAGAUGAGCAUUGAGGUACAAGGCAAAAUCACAGAAGAUGGCACAGGAAUCGAGAUGACUGGAACAGGCUCCUGCGGCAUCACAUCCACCAUGAGCAGUAUCAGCUUUGACCUGCUGGACAAUGUGUACAAACCAGGGAUCCCACUCUUCGGGAGGGUGAAGCUGGUUGAUGGCACUGAUGCGCCACUUGCCAAUGAAACCAUCGUGAUUACUGUGGGUGGAAACAGAUACAAAGGGAACUACACUACAGACGAGCAGGGGCAGUCCUGGUUUUCCAUAGACACUACCAGCUUCACAGAACUCUCCCUGGAAAUCCGAGCAGAUCAUAAACCUGAACUGAACUGUUACGACAGUGACUGGAUGACACCAUCCUAUGAGCAUGCCACGCGCAGAGUAACUCGGUCUUACUCCCUCAGUAAGAGCUUCCUCAAAAUUGAGCCAAAGCCUGAGACAUUAAGUUGUGGCUCCUCAACAGAGGUCCAAGUGCACUAUAUCUUCACACCAGAGGCCAUAGGGGAGCAGAAGAAAAUUGUCAUUUAUUAUUUGGUGAUGGCCAAGGGACAAAUCAUAUUAGCUGACACCCAUGAUCUCACUGUGAAUCCUGGAGAUGCUUAUGGGACAUUUCGGCUGACCUUCCCUGUCAAGGCAGCAAUUGCUCCUGUGGCACAAAUGCUUGUGUACACCACUUCACCCAGUGGGGAAGUCAUCGCCAGUUCAGAAGAUUUCCGGGUUGAAAUGUGCCUCCCCAAUAAAGUGAGCUUGAGUUUUGCACCCAAGGAAGGUCUUCCUGCUUCCGACACACACCUGCGACUCCAUGCCUCUCCAAGAUCCCUGUGUGCCCUCCAUGCAGUGGACAAGAGUGUUCUCCUUAUGAAGCCUGAAAAUGAGCUUUCUCCCAGCUCUGUGUAUCAUCUUCUCCCACUGAAGGAAAGCCGGGGUUAUAGCUUCAUGGACUACUACCUGGAAGAAGACAACGUAAAUCCAUGUGUGUCACUUGACAAUCUGUUUUUAAAUGGAUUUCUCUACGUACCCAUUUCAUCUGAUGGUGAAGGUGAUGCCUACAACAUUCUCAAAGAAUUGGGCUUAAAAGUCUUCACUAGCAGCAAGAUCCAUAAGCCUGAACUCUGCGAGCAUUACCCAGAACACAUCAUGGAAAGGAGUAACAGUGGUUCUAGUACCUUUUUGGUCUCUACAAUGAAUCUGCAUGGAGAAUUGAGUUAUGUCUUGACAGAAGGUACAAUUGAUGACGAUCCUAUGGAGACUGUCCGGAAGUACUUCCCAGAGACAUGGAUCUGGGACAUAGUUUCAGUGAACUCUGAGGGAAAAGCUGAUCUAGAAGUGACCAUCCCUGACACCAUCACUGAGUGGAAAGCCAAUGCAUUCUGUACUUCGGCAGACACGGGCUUUGGCCUGUCCCCAACAGUGUCCCUCAGAGCCUUCCAGCCCUUCUUUGUGGAGCUCACCAUGCCCUACUCUGUAGUGCGUGGGGAGUCCUUCACGCUGAAAGCCACCGUUUUCAACUACCUGCCUGCCUGCAUCAGGGUCAGUGUGUCUCUGGCUGAAUCUACUGAUUUCCUGGCUGUAUCAGUGGGGAAACAGGAAGAAUCCUACUGCAUCUGUGUGAAUGAAAGAAAAACGGUUGCUUGGGCUGUAACACCAAGAUCUCUAGGGCAGGUGGAGUUCUCAGUGACCACUGAGGCCCUACAGAACCAGCAGCCCUGCGGGAACUCCAUUGUGGAGACCCCUGAGAAAGGGCGGAAGGACACAGUCAUCAGACAGCUGCUGGUGGAGCCGGAAGGGACUGAGGUGGAAACCACGUACAACUCUGUGCUCUGUGCAUCUGAAAAGUCAGUGUCAGACACAGUCUCCUUGGCUCUCCCAACAACUGUGGUGGAUGGCUCAGCCAGAGCAUAUUUCUCAGUGCUAGGUGACAUCAUGGGCACUGCCAUGCAGAACCUACACCAGCUCCUCCAGAUGCCCUUUGGCUGUGGGGAGCAGAACAUGGUCCUGUUUGCACCCAACAUCUACGUCCUGGACUACCUGAACAAGACAGGGCAGCUGAGUGAAGAGGUCAAAUCCAAGGCCACUGGAUACUUAGUGAGCGGGUAUCAAAGGCAAUUGAAGUACAAACACUGGGAUGGUUCUUAUAGCACCUUUGGGCCACGUUACGGGAAAGUUGGAAAUACCUGGCUCACAGCCUUUGUCCUCAAGUCCUUUGCCCAGGCCCGGCAUCACAUCUUCAUAGAGGAGAAGCACAUCCAGGAUGCUUUGAUCUGGCUUAGUCAAAAGCAGAAGGAAAAUGGCUGUUUCCGCAGUUCUGGGGCGCUCCUGAAUAAUGCUAUGAAGGGUGGAGUGAAUGACGAGGUCACACUGGCAGCCUACAUCACUAUUGCACUGCUGGAGAUUCCUCUGCCUGUAACCCAUUCAGUGGUGCGGAAUGCUCUGUUCUGCCUGGAAACAGCAGCAAAUCAGAAAGAAAACCACGUGUACACCAAGGCACUGCUGGCGUACGCCUUCGCCCUGGCAGGGAACAGGGAGAAGCGGAAGGCAUUGCUCGACUCACUUGAGAAGGAAGCUGUGAGCAAGGAUGGCUCUGUUCACUGGCAGCGGCCUGGGAAGGAGCCAGAGGCUGAUCUCCCGUACUAUCGCUCCCGAGCUCCCUCUGCGGAAGUGGAGAUGACGGCCUACGUGCUCCUGGCUCACCUCACCUCGCAGCCAGCCCCUGCCCAGGAGGAGCUGGCAUUUGCAUCCCUUAUUGCAAAGUGGAUCAGCAGUCAGCAGAAUCCCAAUGGAGGCUUCUCCUCCACCCAGGACACAGUGGUGGCUCUCCAAGCCUUGUCCCUGUAUGGAGCUGUCACCUAUGCCAAGAGCGGGGCAGCUUCCACGGUGGCCCUGCGAUCUGGAGGGGACUUCCAGCAAGAGUUCCAAGUGGAUGCCAGCAACCGGCUGCUGCUGCAGCGCGUGCCCCUUCCCCAGGUGCCGGGGCAGUACAGCGUGGAGGUGUCUGGUGAAGGAUGCGUCUACCUGCAGACAAGCCUGAGGUACAACGUGCAGCCCACGCAGGAGGAGGCACCCUUCAUGCUUCAUGUGUACACAGUCCCAGAGACGUGUGAGGACUCCAAGGCUCACAAGGUCUUGGACAUUGGCAUAAAUGUCAGUUACACAGGGGAGCGCAAUGGCUCCAACAUGGUGAUUGUUGAUGUGAAGAUGCUGUCGGGAUUCGUCCCCUUGAAGUCCUCAGUGAGGAAGCUGGAAGGCCACCCCGUUAUUGAGCGCACAGAGCUGAAUACCAACCAUGUUCUACUAUACCUGGAAAAGCUGGGCAGGGAGACCCUCAGCUUCUCCUUCACGGUGGAGCGGGACAUCCCCGUGCAGGGCCUGAAGCCAGCCCAGGUGAAGGUCUAUGACUACUACGAGACAGACGAGUUUGCCACACAGGAAUACAGUGCUCCCUGCACCACAGAGGAAGUAAACCAGGGAAAUGAUUGAAGAACACUCCCAGAUGCUGGAACCCGCCUGCCUCACCACCACCACCACAGUGUGACAGAUGAAUAAUGUCUGCAAGGAAUGGAAAGUGAACUUUACAAAUAAAUUAACUGUACUCACCAAUGAUUUUUGAACACUUUGUUCCCAAUUCUGAUUUUUCCUGCUCAUCUUUCAGUCACAGCUUUAAUCUCCCUGGCUUCUUAGGUUAAAGAGUAACCCAUCUAACAAGGCCUGUGUGCAGGGAAAUAAGGCUAACAAGUGAAGAAAAAAAAAAAGAGGACAGAAUGAUUUAAGUGGAGAUCAGCCUUUCUAAUGUAUCUAUGUCUGUGUUAUGUUCUCUGAACUCAUCAUCUGAGGUGCAGACUAAUCAAUGGAGAAGGACAGGUAGUUCUUGGGGACAAUUUCUCUCCCCUGGCUUACAAACCAUACCCUCAAUUGAACUGGUCUCUGCAGAAGGCCUAUCCAUGUCUCCCACCAUUAGGCAGCCUGGAAGAUCAACUAAUGUUACAUGCAAUCCAACCUCUGUGAUCUUCCCUGUAGACACCCCUCCUGGGAUUAUUUCUUGUUUGUAGAAGAGUGGGAGGAGACAGAGUCUGCCCUCUUCAAUGAUUAGAGAGUGCCUGGGGGCAGGAGGGAUGUGUGCAUGCAUUCUGCCUUUGGCUGCUAACUUACAGUGGUCUGUUCUCCAGUUGAAGCUUGGGUCUUCCUGUGGAAGCUUCCAUUAUCUCAUGUCUGCUACUUCUGGGAGAUUACCAAGGAGAAGCUAAUGGCAUUUGCCACUAACCUACCUGCCUAAGUCUAGUUUAAAUGAUACAUUCAUUUAAAUCAUAUAGUUGCUUUGAUGAAACUGUCUAUAGGCCUCUUAGAUACCUCCAGGAAUGAUCCCCCUUUCUUCAUUUUGUCUCAUGAAUUUGUGGUUUUAACUUUUGAAUGCAAAAAAAUCUUAUGUGACUGUUUAUUCUCAUGAAAUGCUUAUUGUUAGGUAUCAUGGCGUGUUGUGCAUCCAAAGUAUGCACAGCUAGCUGUUCCAUCCAAUUUUUGGCUUGGUGUGCCUGUACAAACAGUAUUAUUGAGAACAAAUAAAAUUCUUCAUCUAUUUUGCUAGAUAUUAA